CAACGCAGAGGUGGUGGUGACAAAGCUAUGAGGUGGCAAAUAUGGCUCGUUUUGAGUCUGACAGCGUCGCUCAUAGUAGAUGACGUGAAUGCUUCGUCGAUUUCGAUAUGUAUCACGAACUGCGUGCAGUGCAAACAGAUGUAUGGUCCAUACUUCAAAGGAAAAGCUUGCGGAGAUUCUUGCCUGGCAAGUGAUGGAGAAUGGGUGCCAGAUUGUAAUAAUCCGGGAACACUGCGGAGCUUUUUGAAACGGCUUUAUUGACUUAGAACCUAUUUUCAAAUAAAUAAUUUAACACUAAUUGAGGUAAUGUAUAAAAUAGUUUAAUAUACCAUACUUUGUUGCUUUA